AUAUCACCAUGACGCCCCCCCAUGACGAUCCACCCACCCUCUUAACAUGGCUCAAUCCGGUCCAAUCUAACCUUGCCGUUUGGAGCAACGUUUAGACUUGAUCCUUGUGUCCCUUGACCGUCCUACAAUGUACCUCUCGUUAUGAGGUCCUGGGGUCCUGACGUGGUCUGUGCCGCAGCUCCUGACACGGUCUGUGCCACAGCUCCUGUCUGGAUCUCUGCCACAACACGUACAAUGGGAGACAAGAGGCAGCAUUCCAUUCCGGUGCCUCGGUUAUACAAAGAGGCCAGCAAAAUAUUGAGACAGUAUGAGAACAAAGAAGGAACUCUUAAAACAUUGGUCUAUAAAGGAAAAUAUAAAAAUUACAAGAGAAUCUAUGGGCUCCUGUGUAAAACAGUAGAGAAUUCUGCUGCAAUAAAGACUGCUCUUGCUGAAUCCAAUUUAUAUACCAAGGAAUCAAAAUUUGAUCCAUAUCUUGCACAAGUAUUAACGCAAGAGAUGCUUGGAAAAGGAUUAUUGGGCGAUUGCAGACCAAUACUUACUCUGCUUAAAUAUGAAGACAAGAUCAGAAGUUUGAUGAGUUCUUGUCUUUUCAAACAAUCUUCCCAUGAGAAGAGAGAAUGCAGUCCACGGUAUGUUCGUGUUAAUACCUUAAAGACAUCUAUGAGUGAUGUACAAUUCCAGCUUGAUAGUGAAGGGUGGAUAUUUCAAGAAUAUGACUCUGCCCAAGUGACAUAUGAUGAUUUUCUUUGUCUUAUUAAUAAUUUGGAAGAGUCAACCUACCUAAGAGAUUAUCAUAUACCUGACUUGCUGAUAUUCCCACCCAACACCCCGUUCUGGGAUAGCAUUCUCUAUGAAUGUAAUGCUGUAAUUUUGCAAGACAAGGCUAGUUGUCUGCCAGUAUUUCUUAGCAGUUUAAAAUCCGGAGCUAAUGUGAUAGACGCAUGUGCUGCACCUGGAAACAAGACCUCUUACAUUGCAGCAGCCAUUUCUGACAACGGGCAUGUUCUGGCAGUUGAAAAAGAUUUUGAGCGUUAUCAGACUCUCCAGAAACUUUUGAAUGAACGAGGAACAACGUGCGUUACGUUUCUUAAUAAAGACUUCACCAAACUCCUACAUGACAAGCACUCGGAUGUGGAAUUCAUAUUUGUUGAUCCUUCAUGCUCAUCAAGUGGUUUGAGCCUCCACAAUGACGAAAUACCUGAGCAGCGCAUCAGGAGUCUCGCAGCUUUCCAAGUUUGUAUCUUGCUGCAUGCUCUGUCAUUCCCAUCAGUAAAGGAGGUCAUCUACUCUACAUGUUCAGUUAACAUAGAAGAGAAUGAAGAAGUUAUUCAGGAAGCUUUAAAGAGAUUUAACCAUCAGUUUGAGCUAGAAAAUCUUGGUCAAAAACUGCCUGGAUGGAAGCAUUUUGGAAAUGAAAACUUUGUGUUUGGAGAGAAGUGCUUGAGAACCAGAACUGAUGUAGAUAAAUGUCAUGGAUUUUUUGUAGCAAAGUUUGUAAGAAAAGUUACUGAACAUAAUGUUGCUAUCAAUUCAUCAUUUUCCCUUCAUAAGAAAGAAGAGAAAAGGAAACAUAAAAGAAAUGUAAAUGAUACGGCCAUUAUGUUACUUGAUGGUGAGAAUUCUGAUGCAGUGUGCCCUCGCAGAAAGAAACAAAGAGGUAAAAACAUUAAGGAGCUACAUAACAAAAAUGAUGAACAUUGAACAGUGUGAACAGUGUGGUGUAAAUUCAAUUACUGUAGUUUGUAUACAGUAGAUGCACCAUGCAAUCAUGAGCCAAAAUCAGACAGAAGGAAAUAAUGUGUAUGAAGACUACCUGUGCCAAAAAUGUUUCCAGACAAAAAUUGUAAACCAAUAAAAGAUUGAAAGGUAAAGAAAAAUUUUAGGUGUUAACUGAUGUUAUGUCCAGUAAAGUGGUCAUAUACUGUUUAUGACAAAAAUUGGAACAAAAAUCUUAAUAGUACAGUAUUGUGUAUAUUCAGAUUCAGAUUCAGAUGUUUAUUCAGGUAAGGUAUAUACAUACAAGUGAUGUUACAUUAAUGGAUUGAUAUAUAGAUAGAGCUAGUACAUACAAUGCCUAAAGCCACUAUUACGCAAUGCGUUUCGGGCAAGGACGCAUGAUAAGGAAGGAUAUGAACUAGGAUUAUAAGAGAAUACAUGAGCAAAGUUUGUGCAUACUGUAUAAUGUUUGGCAUGAACUCCACACAUGCAAUUAAUGGUUAAGGUGGUAUUGUGUAUGUUUAAAAUAAAAUUAUAGAAAA